AUGAUCACUAAACCAGAUCGCUAUUUAAUGUUUGUGUAUGGCACUAUUAAAACUGGUAUAAGUCAACCUAAUCAUUAUAUCCUAAAGGAUCAAGAUAAUGGUGAGGCUGAACUUAUUUGUGGUGCCGAGUCUAUUGAUAAAUGGCCCCUGAGAAUAUACGGUGAGCUAUGGUCAGUGGACAUAAACAUGCGAAACAAAAUGGACGACUUCGAGGCACAUCCCAGGUUUUAUCGACGUAUGGAGAUCCCGGUGCUCACCGAUGAUAACACACCGGUCAAGGCGUGGGCCUACUUUCUCAUAGACUAUAAGCCACACCUAUUGGACCUGGACACUUAUGAAAACUAUAAUACUUAUGGCGAUCACGGGCUACGAUAUGUCGAGGGCUGCGAACGCCAUGACCCGGAAGGGGAGGUCAACAAACUUAUCGCCGAAAUUAAAUUGACUAAUGUUUAUAGAGAUACGAAGUAGAGACCUGGAUGAUUAUUAGAUUAUUAGCGUGCC